AUAAUUAAAAAUCCAAGCUAAUUAAAGAGAUGAAUGUUAAAAUCAGUUCAGUAGUAAUCAUCAAGCUAUUUGUUCUACAAUGUUGUAUAUCGAUUUCGUUUUCGUCGUCGGAUUUUGAUUUCUUCUAUUUCGUUCAACAGUGGCCUGGUUCGUACUGCGACACGAGGCAGAGCUGCUGCUACCCUACCACCGGAAAACCCGAUGAAGAUUUCAGUAUUCAUGGCUUGUGGCCUAAUUACAACACCGGAAAAUGGCCUCAAAAUUGCGGUAGCCAAAGUUCUCUCGACAGAUCCGAGAUAUCGGAUUUAAUGAGCAGAAUGCACAAGGAUUGGCCAACCCUAGCUUGCCCUACUGCAGAUGGGAUGAAAUUUUGGGGGCAUGAAUGGGAUAAACAUGGAACAUGUACAUCUUUUGAUCAACACACUUAUUUCCAAUUUGCCCUUGACCUAAAAAAUAAAGCCAAUUUACUCCAAGUUCUUGCAAAAUCUGGAAUUCGUCCGGGGAAUUUUUACGGUCUCGAGAGCAUAAAGCAAGCGAUACAAGAAGGUGUAGGGUAUGAGCCCUACAUCGACUGCAAUGUUGACUCGGAAGGGAAUCACCAAGUUUUCCAGGUUUAUUUGUGUGUGGAUAAAUCUGCGACGAAAUUCAUUCGCUGCCCGAUUCUCCCGCAUGGAAGAGCGUGUGGGUCCCGCAUUGAGUUCCCUUCGUUCUCUUCCGACUCAAACUCGUCGCACAAGGAACUAUGAAUUCGUAAUUCAUGUCAAGUAUAUACUUAAGUGGAUGAACGGAUCGACGUAUGUUGAGACAUUGAUUAUCGUAUUUGGUUAUAUAUUCGGACGAUUGACGUGUGACUAAUUAAAUUUCCUUUUUUAAUUUUUUUUAAUUAGUUGAUUUGUACAAAUUAAAAGCAUGUAAUAUAUAGUUACAUGCAUGUAUGUUGCAAUCACACAUUAUUUGGGUUGUAAUGUUGGAUCCUUAAUUAAUAAAUUGGCGAUAUUUUGUAGGGGUUAUAUGAGAUAACCCUUCACUCAAUUUCCUAAGAGGGAUAAGUCCAAUUAA